CGGCAUGAAAAGAACCUGAGUGACAUCCACAGCUCCAGUGCAGACCGGGCAGCUCCUGACACAAGGCACCGUGCUUGGAAGAAAGUCACUCCUUCAUUUAGGAAGAUUUCAGAUGCUUCACGCUUGAUUUGCUUUUUAUUUUUUUUUUUGCCAGCACAAUGAAGGAAAUGUCCUGCUUCUGCUUGGCUUUUUCUUCCUUGUUGGAACAGAUGGUGAAGGCUUACAAAUACGUGACUGGUAUUUUUUCAGUGACUCAUAGCUCAGAGCCACAGGUUUCAGAAGGUGAUAAGAAGCUCACCAGGAUGGAUGUAAGCAUACUUGAGGAGCAGUAUGACCACAUAAAGCAGAAGCAAAAACUGCAACCACAUAUUAUUGUAUAUAAAACAGGUGGACAUGAAUCUGUUCUGCCAGAAUCAAUGAUCAACCCUGUUCUAAUUAAUAAGAAAGUUAAAAGGUCGAAGUCAUGCAGAGGAGACGUCCCAGCCAGGAAGGUCACACUGGAGACAACCAACGGUGGCGACUCAGAAGAGGAUUUGCUGUGGCGCGUCCACCUGGGAAGGCACCGCCUGGGGCAGGCCCUGGGACAAGGAGAUUCCUGGGAUCAUUCCCACUGCAACAGCACACCAUGGGGUUUUGACAACCAGAGACUGAUUUCAAAGGGAAAUGGCACACCGCAGACCAUGGAACAUGAAGGAGCAAGUGAACUGUCUGAGCUCAGGCAGCUGCGAAGCUCAAGCGUGUUGAACAGUCUCAGCAAAGAGAAUGGUUCCAACAUUUCCAGCUCCUGCCAAAAAUCACCACUGAAAUCACGCACUGCAGCACUUUGGGCACACCAGCAGAUUUCUGCUACAAAAUGCAUGCCAGCCUGCAACAAACUGAACUUUUACCCUUUCCCAAAUAGGAAAGGGCCCAGAAUUUCUGAAGCUGCAAGGAGGCUCGGGUUGUAUGUCUCACAAUGAGGACAUUCAGCAAUACCUAAAACUUAGUCAACAACUUGACUAAAACUUAAAAUAGUAAAGUAGUCCUUCUAGUUACAAAGAUCAACCUGCUGAGGGUUUCAUACUAUUAUUAGCCAGAGAAGAUUCUGACUAUAUAAUCUUUAAUAUUUUUAUAAUUUGUAACAUAUGAUUUCAUCAUUCACUUUCAAGAUAUUCAUUAUAAUUUCUGAUG